AUGACGGCGAGACGUUCUGUCGACUACUCACUCUAUCUUGUUACCGAUUCGACUUCGGCCAUACUCGGCAAAAAGGACCUGCUAGAGGUCGUGAAAGCAGCCGUUGCAGGAGGUGUGACCAUUGUUCAGUAUAGAGACAAGACUUCGGAAACCGCAGAUGUUGUACAGAUAGCGCAACAGCUCUAUGAAGUCACCAAAGCCGCCGGCGUGCCGCUUCUAAUCAAUGACCGGGUGGAUGUGGCACUCGCAGUUGGUUGCGAGGGCGUCCACGUCGGUCAAGAUGACAUGGACCUGAAGACCGCUCGGAAGCUGCUAGGACCCGACGCCAUUGUCGGCGUUACUGCGAACAGCGAGGAGGAGGCGUCGCAGGCAGCGCGAGAUGGCGCCGACUACCUAGGAAUCGGGACGGUGUACGCAACCCCAACCAAGGAGAACACCAAAUCCAUUAUCGGGACUGCUGGUGUACAGCAAAUAUUGUCCUCGCUCGCCAAACAAAACCACACAGUCAAAACCGUCUGCAUCGGCGGCAUCAACCACGCCAACGCCCAGCGCGUCCUCUACCAAACCGCCUCCCCCUCCAAACAGCUCGACGGCAUAGCAGUAGUCAGCGCCAUAAUGGCCGCCUCCGACCCCAAAAAAGCCUCAUCCGACCUCCGCCAACUCAUCGCCACCCCACCACCCUUCGCCACCUCCGCCUCCAAACCCCAGCUCAGCCCCUCCGACCUUGUCGCCCGCAUCCCAACCAUAAUCAAAACAAUGGCCUCAAAGAAACCCCUCUGCCACAACAUGACCAACCUCGUCGUCCAAAACUUCGCGGCCAACGUCGCUAUCGCCAUCGGCUCCAGCCCGAUAAUGUCCAACAACGGCCUCGAAGCGCCCGAUCUCGCGAACUUAGGCGGGAGCUUGGUGAUAAACAUGGGCACCACCACGCCUGAGAUCCGGGAGAACCAUCUCAAAGCUCUUGCGGCGUAUAACGCUGUCGGCGGACCUACGCUUUUAGAUCCGGUGGGUGCAGGGGCGACGCAGCAGCGACGGGAAGGUGUGAAGGCGUUGUUGGCGGGUGGGUAUUUUGACGUGCUGAAAGGGAAUGAGGGUGAGAUCCGGACGGCGUCUGGGGCGCAGGGGGUCCAGCAGCGGGGCGUGGAUAGUGGUGCGUCGCAGCUUUCAAUGGAGGAGAAGAUCGCAUUGGUGAAGGAGACGGCUGGGCGGUUGAGGAACGUUGUGCUAAUGACUGGGUCGGCGGAUGUGAUUUCAGAUGGUGAACGCACGUUUGUCAUUGAGAACGGGCAUGAGUUACUGGGCGAGAUUACGGGGAGUGGGUGUGCGCUGGGGACGACUAUCGCGAGUGUGAUGGCGACGUGGAGAGAGGAUAAGUUGCUGGCGGCUGUGGCGGGGUGUUUGAUGUAUGAGAUUGCGGCGGAGAGGGCGGCGGGGAGGGAAAAUGUGAAAGGGCCGGGGACGUUUGUGCCUGCUUUUAUUGAUGAGUUGUAUCUUAUUCGGAAGGAGAGUUUGGAUGAGAACGGACAGUGGGUGCAGGGUGCAAAGGUCAGAGCUGCAUAG